AUGGAGCCGGGAAAGGACGACAACAACAGCAACAGCGCGCAGGAAGAGGCCGCGCUCGAAGCCCACCUGCAGCUGCUCUCCGACAUGAAGGCCGUCGACACCUCGUUCGCGCUCAACUGGGCGACCAUGCUCGGCGGCAAGCGCAGCGCCGACGCCAUGGCCGCC